AUGUUCAAGAAGCGAGCGGUCAAGGGCAGUGUACGCAAGCGGGAGGUCGACACCGGCGACGACGGCAACGAUGAGGUGGCGUCGGCUCCAGCAGUGCCUCACAAGAGUAACGGUAUCGUCCACAAGUCGCUGGCCAAGCUCGAGAGCCCCGCCCUGCGACGGCGCCGCGAGAGCGAUGGCGAUGAUGACGAUCGUGACGACGACGGUGCCACCCGCCACAAACGCAUAAAGGGGGUGCCCGGCUCCAUCGAGGCCACCGCCGUCGUCGACUACCAGCCCGACGUGUGUAAGGACUUCUGGCUCACGGGCUACUGCGGCUACGGCGACACGUGUAAGUUUCUCCACAUCCGCGACGAGCUGAGGCAAACGGCCCCAGUAACUAAGGACUGGGAGGUCGACAAUAAUAAGAAGGUGGACCAGGAGAAGGAGCGCGAUCUAUCGGUGUGUGCCAUAUGCCAGCACAAGUACACGGCGCCGGUGAUGGCCGAGUGCCGCCACAUCUUCUGCAAGCGGUGUUUCCGGCUGCGGUUCGCUAAGACAAAGACGUGUGUCGUGUGUGGCCAGGAGUCGGCGGGCGUCGUCAAACCGGUGUCCCCCGCCACCCUCGCACUGGUACUCACAACGAACGACGCUGACAAAUCUUGA